GAUGGAUGAAUUUGAUGAAUUUAGGGCAAAGAGGAGAUGCUGCAGAGCGCUGACUUCAGGCAGUGCAAGCUGAAUGAGCUGAAGGCGCUGAAGAAGAAACACGAGGCGUUCGAGUCGGACCUUGCCGCACAUCAGGACAGAGUCGAACAGAUUGCCGCCAUUGCGCAGGAGUUGAACACCCUGGAAUACCACGACAGUAUCAGUGUGAACGCGCGUUGCCAGCGCAUCUGUGACCAGUGGGACAGACUGGGCAAUCUGACGCAGAAGCGACGUCAGGCGUUGGAUGACGCCGAGAAGAUUCUCGAGAAGAUCGACAUUCUGCAUCUCGAGUUCGCCAAGCGUGCUGCGCCAUUCAACAACUGGCUGGACGGUACCAAGGAGGACCUAGUGGACAUGUUCAUAGUGCACACAAUGGAGGAAAUCCUGGGUCUGCUGGAGGCACAGCGCUCCUUCAAGGUGACUUUGAGUGAGGCCGACAAGGAGUACAACAGCAUUGUCAAUCUGGUGCGAGAGGUCGAGACAACCGUGCAGAAGUACCAGAUCCCAGGUGGUCUAGAGAACCCGUACACUACGCUCACAGCUGAUGUGUUGACGAGGAAAUGGAGCGAAGUGCGCACCCUGGUGCCACAACGUGACAACAUCCUGCAGGCCGAGCUGAAGAAGCAGCAGAACAACGAGACGCUGCGUCAUCAGUUCGCGGACAAGGCCAACCAGGUCGGACCCUGGAUCGAGCGCCAGAUGGAUGCUGUCACUGCUAUUGGCAUGGGACUACAGGGAUCAUUGGAAGACCAGUUGCACAGAUUACGCGAGUAUGAACAGGGCGUAUACGCCUAUAAGCCUCACAUCGAGGAACUCGAGAAGAUUCACCAGGCUGUACAGGAGGGCAUGAUCUUCGAGAACAGAUACACGCAAUACACAAUGGAGACACUGCGCGUGGGCUGGGAACAACUGUUGACGUCGAUCAACCGCAACAUCAAUGAAGUCGAGAACCAGAUCUUGACGCGCGACUCCAAGGGAAUCACACAGGAACAGCUCAACGAGUUCCGCACAUCGUUCAACCACUUCGACAAGAACCGAACUGGAAGAUUGGCGCCAGACGAAUUCAAGUCGUGCCUGGUUAGCCUGGGUUACAGCAUCGGUAAGGACAGACAGGGCGAGAUCGACUUCCAGCGCAUUCUGGCGGUGGUUGACCCCAACAACACUGGCUUCGUCCACUUUGACGCCUUCCUCGACUUUAUGACGCGCGAGUCCACUGACACCGACACCGCUGAACAAGUCAUCGACUCGUUCCGCAUACUGGCUGCUGACAAGCCGUACAUCCUGCCUGACGAACUACGUCGUGAACUGCCUCCCGACCAGGCCGAGUACUGCAUUCAGAGGAUGCCUCCCUACAAGGGGCCCAACGCCACCCCGGGGGCACUCGACUACAUGUCAUUCUCCACCGCCCUCUACGGCGAGUCUGACCUCUAGAAACCAGCAAAAACCACCCUUUAACCUGUUACAAUUCAACCUAAUACCGUACUUCGAUUGCUUAUCCCGUUCUAAAAAUCAUCGCAAAACUGACAAGACAAACAAACUCAUUCAAGUCAUUUGUACAUUUUACUUUUUGUAGACUCUGUGGGUUUUUACAUCUGUACACUUGUACAUGUUGUACUCUGUACAUUUGUACAUUUCCACAUUUUACUUUUUGUAUCUUUUCUGUUUAGGGCUACUUGUAAUAUAAAUAGAGAUACAAAUCUCUGAGAUAUAUUUCACUUUUUGUACACUCUGAACAUUUGUACAUUAUUUGCACAUUGUAGUGUAUUUUCAUUCAUUCAUUUUUUGAUUCAAGUAAGAAAAUGAAUGAGAAUGAUGAAGGCAUAUUGUUACGAGUCGUCGGAAACAUCAAACAAACUCAUUUAAAACAAUAUGCUAUAUUUAAAAAGUUGGGAUAUUAUUUAUUCGUGUAUAAAUGACACUGAUGUAAUAACAUUGGUAGAUAAAAUACGAGGCAAUUCCUUUGUUAUUUUUUUCCAAAUAUAGGUUUGUACAAAUACACCAAAAUCUGAGUCCAAAAUGAUGAGUUCAGAAAGUAGGUUAGGGUAUGUUUCCUUCACUUGAAUGUUUCAAAUAGGCCUAAAUAGAUAGAUAUAAAAUCGGAAAUGUCAAAAAUAUUUUAAACGAAUAGAGGUUGAGAGAUAUAAAUUCCAAACUCUGGAGACGUUACCGUGAGACAAAGUAAGCGAACAUCGAGGUUACUUCACAACGAUGUAGUAGCACACUAGAGUGCUCUCAUCAACAAUGAACGAGGAGCUAAUAAAUGUAGAGCAAGAAUAGUAAGGAGUGUGAUAAUUGAGAUAUGAGCAAUAUUUAGCUGCAAAUUAUGUAGCUGGAUAAUCUAGCUGAAGUCCUGGUAGAGUGGAACGUGAAAGAAAAAAACUUCAAAGUGUUUUUGAUUUGAUUUCUCAUUCAGCUUUUUUAUUUCUAUCUUCUUUGUGUAUCAGUAACAAUUUAAUUAGAUUUCUCAAACCUUCAAUUAGUUUUUAAGAAACUAAUAAGUAUUAAGAAACUUAAGUGUAUCAGAAACAAUUAAAUUAGAUUUCUCAAACCUUCAAUUAGUUUCUAUUUUAGUUGAACUAAAACUAUUAUUUUAGUUCGAUUAGUUGAAUAAAAAUAAAUUAUGUUCUGUAUUUGUGAUGAUUUACAACGGGAUGUAGCAUUGAACGAGGUAUGAGUGAGACAUUUAUAUUUUAUUUAUUCUUCCAAAACUCUACUACUGCCUAGCCUAAUGUCAGUCUUGUAAAAACGUGGGCGGUUGUUCUAUCAAUGUACAAAAAAUACACAAAUACAAAACCCCAGUAAAAUAUUUAUACUAAUUAAUAAAUUAAAAUCGUAGGUUGCUCAAAACACCUAGCCUUGUCUUGUGCAUGCAUUAUCAUAGGGAAAUCACGUCAAGUUGGUUUUACUAGCGUAUAUAUUACAAACUGUAUUUAUCAUCAGAAUAUGUGUAUACAAUAAUUUUUGAAAAAAUAACAAAUUGUAACAAUAUUUAGUAUCUAAUGGAAGAAACAACCAAUGAAAAAAUAAACAUGUACUAUAAUGUGUGUAAUUGUAGAAUAAUUAUUUUUGAAAGUGAAAAGAAAUUUUGUAACCAUUAUUAUAAUAUAAUUAUAUUUAUAGAAAAUUAUAAAUAUAUUAUAUUUAUAGAAAAAUAACAAUAAGACACGUCAUUUUCUGGAAUCUCAGCUAAACUUUAUACUAGAUACUUCCAUAUACUUGACCAGUUUAUACACUUAUACUUCCAAUAGGUAUUUUCUAUUAUGAAAUAUAUAUUAUUUUUAGAACUUAUAAAAAUUCUGUUUUAAUAAUGGUAUAGUAGUCUACUUAACAAAAUUAUUUUUUCUUGAAAUAGUUUUUAAAGCAACUCUACUUUUUGUAACUUUUGAAAAAUGGAGUUGAUUUCAGAAUCGAUGAUAUUAUGUAGUGUUGUUUAUUAACAAUGCAAUAAUAGUUCUAGACUACAUCUGCAUGAAAAAAAGAUAAUAAUUUUAAUAAUAAGAUGAUUAUACAUUUUUAAUUAUUCAUUCUUUUCCGAAACUUAUACAUUUAUGCUGUGUGUGAAGUUGUUUUGUUUUAAUGUUAAUUUAUUUUAAAGUAUUUAUUUUUUAAGCAUUAAGAUGGUGCCUGCAAUUGAAAGGCCUUCUCUAGGCAGAAAAAUCCGAGGGCUUGAGUGGCUGGUUUAUGAUUAUGGAAAGGCCUACUAGAUUAUAAUCGGAGAAGGUUUGUGGAUUGAGAGUAAUGCCAGCCAAAUCGAAACCCAAAUCGAAAGGAACUUAAAACAUCGAGUUCCUUGUUUAAAUGAAUAGCUAGCCGAUAUAUCGAACCCAUCCUGAAUUAGGAUAAAUUUAUUUAUUAUAUAAAUAAUAUAUAUUUGUCUCUUCGAUGAUAAGACAUGAAUAUUUUCAUCAUUAUUGUAAACAAGUUCCUUUUCAAGUUUUUAACAUUUUACAGAAUUAUUGUCAACCAACUCACAAAAAAUUACUCAACCAUGUUUGUUCUCAAUUUUUUUGAGUUUCAUAAACCUUUAAUCUUAAAUGUGUGCUAUUUAAAAACAUUUUGAAAAUCUUAUAGUUACCUCAAACCUUCUAAGAAGACCAUCAAAAUCCCCGUAUCAAUACAGUUUCAAAAAAUAUUCUUGUUGAAUUCUCAUAAACAUGUAACCGAGUUGAAGCUAUUCAUAUUAUUGUGUGUAUUCAUCUGUAUUUGUGAUUAUUUCGUUUACAUAUUGGCUAAACUAUUUCAAUAGAAUUUUAAUCUGAUUUUUCUCCUACAUUAAUAUUGUAACAAUUUUUACAAUAUCUAGUCAUUGUGGUUUUGGUUAUGUACAGUAAUCAUCUAAAUGCAAAUAAAUGGAACUUGGUACAGUA